AUGAUUGACAAUUAAAAAGAAUCUAUAAAUGUUAAAAAUACAGAGUUAAAGAAAAAUCAAUCUAAUAAAUAAUCACAAAGAGAAUAAGAAGGAUUGAAUUUAUCUGAUGAUAAUCAUCAUCAUAUCAUGAACGAUUAAUAAAAUGAAGAUGAUGAUUCUGAACAAUUACUCAACAAACCAAUUGAAUUUUAACAAACAAAAAUACUAGCUCCAUUAUCUAAUUAAAAUGUUUAAUUACCAAAGUAUUGUUAAAUGAUGAGGGGUUUUUAAAUUUGA